UCAGCUGUGCGGCCGACGACGACGUGUAGAAAACGACGUGCUCUGCAGGAGCUGGGAACGCGCCCGGGAAUAUCGCGGCACCGUGUGCCUCCGCUGUGACCCGCUGUCAGUUGUCCGAGCCCUGUGCUACGGUGCAAAUCACCAGCAGGUGCGAAAAAAUUAAAGGUCAAGAUGAUCUGAAGACUGUUGAGAAAAACGGAGAGAGACAGAGAGAAGAAUAGAGAGAAAGAGAGAAAGAAAGGCGGUGAUUAGUGACGUAGUGUUGGAGAAAUGGCAUCGGGUGGAGUUUUUUCCGGUAAAACUCCUUUGGGGACUACUGUUAUCGCGGCGUUUUUUAUUUCGAGUUUGCUCCAGUCGACGUUACUCUGGAAGGAGACAAGCGCGGCGCCAGCGAGACAGAACGACAUAUUGGCCGGUACCGAAUUCCUGUCAGUUUUCAUCAACGGAGCGAUGGCGCAACCUCCGAUAAGGCGAAGGGGUUCGAGACGAGGUUCGCAACCGCCGGUGGACCACGUCGCCUCCGAAUCUCAGCAUCAGGAAGCUUCCAUCUACAGGAUAUCGAGGACUUCGAAGACGGCGAACGCGAAACCGAAGGGCCCGGCGGUCGCGACGCGCGACGAGGGGGUUCGGUUUUAUCCCAUAAGUCAAAAAUCGUUCGAAAAUUCAGCCGGCGCGAGCUCAACCGUCGACGACGUGAGCACCACCGUUGGCGAAAUCGGUUCGGUGUUAACGACUCGUAGCGAGCCACCGCCGCCUGCAUCCGGUCGAUCGAGGGAGCCGAUAAAUCAAAAGGUAAUCGGUAUCAGCGUCACAUCGACCGUAGAGGCCACGCCGUACAAAGUCAGGGUCGAACAUUACGACGGCGACGAAAUGACGACAGCGUCAAAGAGGCCGGCUACGUUGCCCGUCUCGAGUACGACGUCAACGACGUCAACGACCCCCGCUACGUCGACUUCCGUCACUUUUGUCACGCCACUUCCGGCGCUUCUGGUCACGGAGGAACUCAGCAAUAUCGUCUCGGAAUCCAACAGGAGCGAGUUCACCGUCGACGAAGGAUCACCGAGGACCAGCUGGAAGCAUCGCGGAAGAACUACUCUCAGACCGAUGAACAGCUGGCACGUUUCGCAUCCGUUGAUUCACAGACACCACCGAAAGGAGAUGAGCGAUUCCGUCGAAGUUACCGAAACGGAAACCGCCGAAAAGAGCCACGAGAUUCCCGAGGUGAAUUCCGAAGUAAGCGAAACGCACGUCGAACCGACCGAGCCCGCGGAACACCUUCACCAAGGUCGCAAAGCGGGGAGACAUUACGAAACCAUAUUGUACACUCAACCGGGUUCCCGAGGUUUCGGUCAGUCGGGAAAGGGGUACGGAAAUCAGGCGAGGAUCUACGGUGAACCAGCCAAGGUGUACGGUGAGCCUGAAAAGGUCUACAGCGAACCGGCAAAGGUCUAUUCGGAACCGGCGAGGAUGUACGGCGAACCGGCAAAGGUCUACAGCGAACCUUCCAAGGUUUACGGUGAACCGGCCGAGGUCUACGGUGAACCGGAAAAAAUUUAUUCCGAACCGUCGAAGGUCUACGGCGAACCGGCGAAGAUCUACGGCGAACCGUCCAAGGUUUAUUCCGAACCAGCGAAAAUUUAUUCGGAACCUGCGAAGAUUUACGGUGCCGAUGGUCGACCCGUUAAAAUACAGAAAUCCGUUGCUCCCGAAGAACCGCAGGAGGAGAAUUACGAGGUGGACGAAGCGGUGAGCGUCAGCUCCAACGGGAACGUUCACGGGCCGCAAACGAUAACCGAAUCACCCGAUACGCAUCACGAUUCCGACGACAGGCACCGGGUCUACGUCGAAGAAGGAAGAAACUUCCGGAAAUACAGAGUCGAGGAGCGGACCCCCGAUGGAUUUAUCGUCGGUGAAUACGGAGUCGUGAGUCACGACGAUGGUUUGUUACGCGGUGUACGAUACACGGCCGACGGGAACAUCAAUCCGCGAUUAAUUCACGACACUCUUAUGAAAUUCCUCGCACUUUAGGCGAAGAGUACGCGUUUCUGGAUACAAAACGAUCCGUUUGUUUUUCCACGGUAUGAAUGGUCGUUCGAUGAUUUUUAUAUUAUGAUAACGGGUCUAUCCGUAUCAAGGUCGAAACAAGCUGGAGAACUAAAUCGAAUUUCGAAAAAAAAAAAAGAGAAAUAAGAAAUAAGAAAUAGGUAAAAAAAAAAAAAAAAAACAUAACGAGUUUCAUCUGCUCUUGCCAACUCAACUGCCUCACUCUAAUUUUAAGUAAGAUCCUAUCGCGUGUAUAGGUAUAAAAUUAUACACGGCGAAUAUUAGGAUCAAAGUCUUUUUGCUUUUUGUGAUUAUUAGCGAUCGAGGGUCUUUUUUUAUUUGAUGUUAUAUAUAACUGUAAUAAUAACGAUAAUUUUUGAUUAGCUGUUAGAAAUAUUUAUGUACCACGCCUUUGGUCGAUCUAUGAUGAAUCUGAAACCGAUAAGCUGUUUUCAAAAUUCAUACCGGUGAAAUUGUUCGCGAAUCCGUUCGAGGAGAUACGGAAAAUUCAGCGUGCCUCUCGAUCAUUUUUGAAGAAAAGAGAAUUUUUUUUUUCCUGUAUCAUGAAAAAAAAUACGUAUAAUGAACAAUACGACGUGGUUUCUUAUAGUUUCUUUGUACUGAUGGUAGGAAAUCAUUAUCACAUUCUAUUUAUCUAUUGUACUAGGCAUAAUUAUAAAUUUAGAGUAAUAAACGAAUACCUAUAUAAUUAUGAAACUAUAUGUUAAAAACGUAUUUCGUAUAGUCGAAGUGGUAUGAUUAUUUAAUUGGUUCGUUAUUUAUGAAAACGUACGAAUAAAUUCGAUAUUCGAGAGAUCAUCAGUUGUUAUCGUAUCUUAUAAUGAUGUAUCGGGAAUUUUCGAAUUUAAUUUAAUUCAAUCUCAUUUCAUUUUUCAAAGAGGUAGAUGAUCGGCAAUGGAAAUGCACGGAUGGCUAGUUUUUAUAUUUUUCACGAAUCGCUGAAAAUCAUCCCGAAUAUCAUGCACGAGACGCAAUUGAUGAUUGGUUUAUUUUCCUCUCGGAAUUCGUACAGGCGGUUUAUAUGCUUCUGUGACGAAGAGAAGCGGUUCGAUCGAUCGAUAAUCGGUAGCCAAAGCCUCUAAUUGAACUUGUUCGGUUAAUUAGUAUAAAGAAUAAAUGGACGAAUGAAUAACAUGUAAACGAUGAUAAUAAUUAGCGGGGCUUCGCUGCCGCUUAUCCGCGGAACCUCCUUGUCACGGCAGCAAUUCCGCGAUCCUCCCUAGGUCAAGGUUAAUUAGUUUAUUAAGACGUAUCAUCAUCAACUUAUAAAACGCCAUGGAAAUAUAUCGUUUAACGAAAAGUCUCUGAUUCAAUUAUAUAUUUUAUUGAAAGAGCUCCUAGCAUUUUCAUAAUUAGUAUCUAGUUAGUUUAUUACAUCGUAAUUACCUCAUUCGUUGAGAUAGUUCCUCCUGCAGUUCGGAUAACCUUGUGCUCGGCGUGAUGCUUGUUUGUUCGGUAAAUUAAGAAAAAAAUAUAACUAAUUGAAAUAAAAUAAAUAAACGAAGACUACUUCCUGCCUCGCACGAUUUUUUUCUUUUCGUACAUCGAAUCUGUUGCGAGGCGUUUCGAAGGAAAAUAUAAUUGAAAUUAAUAAUUAUCGUCGCGCUGCGCACAUUUUUAUCGCUGCGAAAAAAAUAAACUGAAUAAUGCUCACAUAAUAUUCUCCCAUGUACCCGUAACGGUGUUUUCUUCUCUGAACGCGGUAUCACCCUUUAUAUGUAUGUACGGUAUUCCGACGAUGUUGUAUGUUAAACACGCAUAAAUUUUAAGAAAUCUGUUCUUUUUUUUUUGAUUCUCAUAAAAAUAAGACGUACUGCAGUGUAAGUAAUAUUUACUGUGUUAAUACAUAAGGUAUGUAGUGCUGUGCCUUCGCCAUUAUUCAAAUGCCGUUUUAUAAUGAAUUUAUUAAAAUAUAUAUGUAUAAAAAAAUAAGGAACAAUUACGACAACA